CAUUCUUCUAAACUUCAGAACCAUCAGUGCCCUGAUAUGUUAACCCUUUCAUCCCUGGUUGAGUGGUCUGGGACUCCUCAGCCAGCACAGAUCCAUCUGAAAUGCCUACGAGGUGUGAAGGACAAGCUGCCUAAAGGACGGUACAUCCUCAGAGUUUGCCUGCACAGCCGGCUCGGAGGCUCUCCUCUGCAUUGGUCUAAUUCGAAGGAUCGGCACUGGGCACAGGCAACCCUACCUGUCCACCAUGACGGCAACUUCUACGACGUUGAACUAAGUUUCAACCAAAGCAUUACCAUGGUGUUACCCUCUGUGAACAAUACCAAACCAGGAAUGACCUUCAUCUUCGAUCUCUUCCUACUGCAUGGAAUUAGUAGCAGCGUUGACCGGGCAGUGGCAUGGGGUGCAUUUCCCAUCUGUAACGGCAAGUUGGAGAUUCUGGAAGGAAAAUAUAAAUGUCCCCUUUUAAGAGGCUGCCAGGAUCUCAGAAUAGAUGAAUUCAGAAAAAUCGAGGAUCUUAUGUCGUCAGAUAUAGAUCACUGGCUCUGCAACCUCUAUUUUCAGAUAAUGAAGCUCCCCAGAUCCCUUUUAGGACAGGAGCAAUGUGCAGUGGGACUGCAGCUUCCUCCGCAACUGCUCACUUCUCAUGAGUGCUCUAACUCCACGAAGCAACUGAGGACCAGUGAGAACACAGUGGACCAUACCCAUGAGCCAAAGGUUGUCUGGACCCAGCAGUCUGAAUUUCGAGAUCUCCACCUGCUGCCUAAAUGCAGUUGGCCUUCUGGUCGACCACAAGAUCACAACACCUAUGGAAGCAGCUCCGAAUGUGCAAAGAAAUUUGACGAGCUAAUUGGAGUUCGUGGCGAGGGCAGAGUGUUCCUGAAGGGAAGUCGACAUAACCUGGCCGAGUUUAAUGGGAAGGAUAAGUGCCAGAGCCCUGUUGAACAAAGCAGAUUCUCUACAGAGUCACCAUGCCUAGAAGACUUGGACCAAUACCGAUUCUCUAUUGUGUCAGAUUCUUGCCCCGACAAGACCAUGGAAACUCUCGCCUGGCAUGCUCGGUUCGUGAGCCAAAUAUUCCUGGAUCAGCUCAGAGCUUCGCAGUGGUGUUCGUCGGAGACCUGUCUGCUUCUGCUGCUCGUGGCCUUGGUCUGGUUUGUGCGGCUCUACCUGCAUCACUGCAGUCAGUGGAUCUACCUUCAGGCGAUCGGUGUCACCGUCAACAAAUUCCACUUUUAUCCACACACAGUCGAACUUAGCUACCAGAGUUCUCUGCUGGAGACGUGUGCGGAGUUGACCAUCGUAGCCCUGGGACCCCUGUCCUUGAACGCUGUGCUGCUUAUUAUGGCUAUAAUCAGAUGGGUCUGUCAUCGACAAUUUGGCUCAUUCCCAUCCUGCUUGUCAAGGUUUAUCACAGCAAUGGGAUUUUGGACAGUGCUUGACCCCCUGGCAACAUUUAUUGUGGAUGGUAUCCUCGGGCGACUGACUUACAGCACAACCCGUCCAAUAGGAGACGCAGCCAAGCUUUAUUGGCUCUUUUACAGAACACAACAUUCUGGCAUCCCUGGCAUACUGAUCACAGUCAUCUUGUACAUUCUGAUUUUCCUCUGCUCCCUCAGUAUACUGUAUUUGCAUUUAUUAAGCCUGCAGACAUCUGGGCAGCUGGUGGAUUCCUUCUACCGACUGCACUCCACUGAAGAGAGGUUCUUUGUUCCUCUGGACCUGGAGCUGUCCAAUCAGGAGUUGAGCCUCAUAGUGAAAAGAGCCGAGCAGUGGAGGGGGAUCAACGGUGAGAAAAGGAAGGUGGCAGUGUAUGAUUACGUCUGCAAUGAUGAGCUCACCGAACGCCUGUCCCAUGCCUGUGGACUCCAGAAGCACAAUCAAGCCCCUGGAUCGGAGCCUAGCCAGGAAAACACCACCACUCAUGUGUUCAUCUACACCGUACACCUCAGCGGCCUACAAGAGCUGUAUAGGCAUUUCCUUCGGCUGCGUAGUGGUGCCAUUGUUGAGGUAUUCGGUGCCGAGAACAGCGCACAUUUUGUGCAAAAGCGAGUGAGCGGGCUAGACACUGGAAAGCAGCCCUCCACACCCCCUGAGCUCCGAGAGAGGCAGAAGAAAAUAUUUGAUGCCAUAGGAUCUUGAAGCCCAAAUGAAUAAGACAGAAAAUCAUUUGCAUCAUCUGGAUUUAUCUUAAAAAAUAUCUUGUACAUCUCUGAACUCUACUUGAAGCAUUAUGUCAAGCUAUAAAUUGUUUUAAUAAAGUGUA